UGAAGCGCGUAUAUUGAGCAUUUGAAAGCGCGCGACGUAUCUCGACAACGGCUACAACGGUACGAGGCGCUGUCCGUAAGCGUUCCCGUGUUGUCACCGACGUCAGUGGAGCUUCAAGCACUAAGCAGCAUUCGCAAAACGUGAGGCACCUGGCUUCUCACGUGCACCUCCGGCAACAUGCUGGCCACACCCGAGUCUCCGCCCAUGAGCAGCUCGAUGGUGUUGCGCGAGGCCCAGCGCAUUGUGCAGAAUUUGGAGGAGCUGGCCACUACGCCGCUGGUCGACACGCGCCAAAUCACUCUCGUUAACUUCACCCUGCAGAGCCCUGAGCUCGAUACGAGUGGCGCGCUUCGCCGCAAGCUGUUUCAGGAAGAGGAGGCUCCCGAGCACGGCGACACCUCGGCCGGAAGCCUGCUGAACUUUGCGGAAGAGCAUCUGGGAGCCAUUUCCUUGGGAACAAGCACGCCACUGGUGUUGUCCCCGAGCACCCCUGCAUUUGGGGCAAGUUUCACCGUUGACACAGCAGGCGGAGCAGGGCUCGAAGUGUGCGCCAUCCAAGCCACGUCUCCUUGCACGUUGCCAUGUCCUACAGAUAUCCCGACAACUGAGUGCAAAGUGGCCGGUCCUGGGACACUCGUCCCUGGUCUGUUGCCCGGUGGUUCGGCAGACGUGCCUUCGAGCCCGGACCUGGUGACCCAUGAUGAAGCACUCGAACUCUGUCAGGCUGGGGAGGGUGCAACCAACAUAGCGGCCGACGAUGCUCCGGCCGCGAACAACGAAACAUACGUCCAGGCUUCAGACUGCGAGGCCGACAGCUCCUCCCACCAAGCCGGCGAUGCGAAACCAGACGGCAGCCUGGACAGCACUCCACCCGAGCCAUUGCCAGCGCUUGGGGAGUCGUUUGUUGUUGCCAGAGAAUCUCCAGCUGCCGACGCAGUGGCCUUGAAUGGAUCACCCGUUCCCGUAGCCGAGACCACCUUUGCCAUCCCAUAUGCUCCCCCUGCGACUGCCGACGCAGUGGCCUUGCAUGGGUCACCCGUCGCCGUAGCAGAGACCACCUUUGCCAUCCCAGCUGAUACCCCUGCGGAGAUGCCAACAACACAGGUGCCCUCGGCCAAGGCAGACACCACCAUGAUCAUGGCAGCUAGCUGUUCGUCGCGCCAGCAGUCUACCAAAGGUACAGCACUGGUCCGCAAGAGUCUCCCAUCGCCACACCCCGCACCAGUGCAACGUCCUGCAGGGCGGCUGUCGAUGAUGACCAAACCUAGGGCAGUCCCGGUGCGGCCCAGUGCUGCAACUAGAACUGCGGCAGACACCACAUUUGCCAGGAAUGCACAGGCACCAGUGAGAUCAUUGCUCGCCCCAAAAGGUUGCGAGCGACCAAAGCCUGGGUCCACCUCUGGAGUGUCGAAACCUGCUCGAAGGGGGCCGACGCCAUAUGUGCCAUCUGCGCCCGCUGUGACACAGCGGCCAGCAGCUCGAUCGACGCCAGCUAUGCCCGAGCCACGUAGGCCACUCGGACCGCCUGCAGGAGCAACUGCUGCUUCGAGGAGAAGCCUCCAGCCAGCGAGGGAAGCGCCCGGCGGCCCGGCACGAAGCUCUGCGACCAGGCAUUCCACUGUUCCAGAGAAUGCGGCACCACGACAGUCUCGCCUCCCUGGUGCCAGGCGGUCUGUGGCUGCCGUUCCAAGGGCCACGACCGCAGCGAGCCAGCCAGUGGCAUCUCAGCCCGACGCCAAGACUGGACCGUCUGCAGGUCCAGCUGUGCAGCCGUCGCAGUUGCCCCGCUCACGGCUGAGGCCGCCCAGCAGUCGAGUGUCGGGCAGCGUUUCUCGAGUGCCUAGAUUGGCCUGCAGCAAAAUGCCCUGCCUGCUGCCGGUGCCAGAGUCUCCAGUGGAGGGUCGCCUUUCAUCGACUCCUGCCCGGCCUAACGUUCCUCUGGCCAACUGGCAGUCCGGAACUGACACCCAUCAGGAAGAAGCCGGAUCGCCACUGAAGUGUCACUUGCGUCCGAGCUUUAGAAUUUUUUUAGAUCGUAAUUUAUUGACGGUGACUUUGUCUAGGAAAUGAUUUUAACGUAGAAACACAGAAGCUCGGGCGAGUUUUUAUGACUGCAUAAUAAAGUUCUUACUUUUUGACAGCAUUGUA